AUGUCAUCUUCAGUCCCGGGAUCUGUGCCCUUACCUCAGUCAAAAUAUGACUUGAACACAUAUUGGGGUCGUGUGAAGCACUGCGCCGAAAUAUCAGAUCCAACAAUGCUUUUAAACACUUCCAAUGAUAUCGAAACUGCAAAACGAAUGAUUUGGGACUAUAAGAAUGGAGUUAUUCCAACCAUGACUCCGGAGUUAUGGAGAGCAAAAAGAGUUCUUGACUCAACAUUGCAUCCAGAUACAGGUAAAACAGUUUUCCUUCCGUUUAGAAUGUCUUCGUGCGUGUUGUCGAAUUUGGUGGUAACUGCAGGUAUGUUGACACCCAAUCUAGGCACUGCUGGAACAUUGUUUUGGCAAAUCGCCAAUCAAAGUUUGAACGUUGCUAUCAACAUUGAAAACUCCAAUAAAUCCCACCCUUUGACGACGAGGGAAAUUGCAACAAACUAUACGAUGGCUGUUACUGCUUCUUGUUCAGUUGCAUUAGGUUUGAAUUCAAUUGUUCCUAAAUUGAAAAACAUCAAACCCAACACGAGACUCAUUUUGGGAAGGUUAGUACCAUUUGCUGCUGUUGUUUCCGCCGGUAUUGCUAAUGUCUUUUUGAUGAGAAGCCAAGAGUUGAAAAAGGGAAUUGUGGUUUAUGACAAAAAGGGACAAGAAGUGGGAACAUCUAAAAUUGCCGCUUGGUACGCCGUAGGGGAGACUGCAGCAAGUAGGGUUAUCAAUGCCACCCCCAUCAUGGUCAUACCUCCGUUAAUAUUAGUUAGAUUGCAAAAGUCUAGAUUAUUGAAGGGAAAGUCCAAAACAGUCGAGACAUUGACCAACAUUGGGUUGAUUUUUGUCACCUCUCUCGCAGUUUUGCCAUUUGCGUUAGCUGUUUUCCCUCAAUGUGAAACUUUACAUGCUAACAGGUUAGAGGAAAAAUUCCAUCAUUUGAAAGAUGAAAAGGGCAACAAAAUUACAGAGUUGGAGUUCAACAGAGGUAUUUGA